AUAUAUAUAUAUAUAUAUAAGUGACACCCAAUGAAAUGGUGCCACAUGGAAGUCACUCUUGUAUGCCUCAAAGGCGGUUAGCCAACCAAUGUCAUGACUUUUUGAUGAUUUCUCAUUUAUUUUAUUAAUUAAGCUUUUUGUCUUUUAUGGUGACAUUAUAGAAAAAGUCACCAAUGGCAGUGAAACUCUUCUUUCUCACUUUUGUACCUUACUUCGGAUCUAAUCACUCUUUCUUCACAUUAAAUCUCACCGCCGAUUAAGGAUGAUGGCCAGAAGAGCUGUUGUUUCUGCAAUUGAUCUCAUUCAUCGAAGACGAUUUCUCAAUCGAUGGUCGCAGCAUCAAUCGGGUAUUCUCUCUCCUCUGUUCUCUCUCUUCUCUUCCGAGGCUUUUCAACCUAAGCGGUCUAGAAUCGAUUUCAGUUGUGUUAAAGAAGUAGACGAUGUUAUUGAAUUGUUUCAUAAAAUAAAGAGUAUGCGUCCAGAGCCUUCUGUUCGCCUGUAUAACAAACUCAUGAGUGUUAGUGUAACGAUUGAGCAGUACUCUUUUGCCCUUGAUGUGUUCGGUGAAAUGCUUAGGAUGGGUGUCCCGGUUAAUGAUUACACAAUGAGUAUUGCUGUCAACUGUUGUUGUCUCUUGAAAGAUAUAAACUUUGGUUUUUGUAUAAUGGGAUUCUUUCUCAAGAGAGGUCACGAACCAGAUGUCGUGACUUUCGGCACUCUCAUAAAAGGGUUAUUCUUAGUUAAUAAGGAGGCUGAAGCCGUGAAACUGUUCGAAAAGAUUUUGGAUUUAAAACUUUGUGAGCCCAGUGAUGUUAUGAUUCUGCAUGUGACUGAUGGGCUAUGCAAAGCUGGACAGGUCAUUGAAGCCCAUGAUUGGCUUCAUAGAUUAGAAAGUAGUGGAUGGAGUCCCAACGUUUACGCUUAUAGUGCACUAAUUGAUGGAUUUUGCAAUGGUGGAAUGGUGGACAAUGCCUUCAAGGUUCUAACCAAAAUGGUUGGGAAGGGUAUUUUACCUGACAUUGUUGCUUAUAAUACCAUGAUUAAUGCAUACUGUAAGGAAGAAAAGAUGGAAGCGGCUGAAAAUAUGUUGGAAAUAAUGAUGCAACAAAAAAUUUGUCCCGAUGUCUUCACUUUUUCUUCGCUUAUUGAAGGGUUGUGCCUGAAGGGUGAAAUCGAAAGAGCGAAACAGUUACUUGAUUCCAUGGUAGAGAGAGGCCUUAAACCUGAUAUUGUUAACUAUAGCACCUUGCUAAAUGGAUAUUGCAAGAAAGGAAGCUUGGAUGAAGCUUGGCUUAUUUUUCUUGAAAUUCGCGAUAAAGGUCUCAAGCAUGAUGUGCAAACUUAUAGUACAUUAUUGGAUGGGUUGUUGAAGCGUGGGAUGGUUGAUGAAGCUCUGCUUCUGCUGUCCGAGAUGGUGGAGAAGGGUAUCUCGCCUGAUGUUGUCACAUGCAACAUAUUGAUAGAUGGAUGUUGUUCGCAGGGCGAGAUGGUUAGAGCUAGAGAGCUCUUCAAUUCAAUGCCAAGGACAGGGAUCAAGCCCAAUAUAUUCACCUACAAUAUCUUGAUCAAGGGAUACUGCAAGGUGGGAAACCUUGAUGAAGCGUGGUGUUUCUUUGAUGAAAUCUCGCAUGUAGGUCUCAAACACUCAAUUGUGUCAUACAACACGAUUGCGCACGGGCUAAUACGCCAAAGAAGUUUUUUAGAUGGCUGGAAGGUUUUCCAAGAUAUGGAAGCUCAGAAUCUACAUCCGAAUCUCUACACCUACACCAUCAUAUUGGAUGGCUUGUGUAGGAUCUGUCGGAUUAAUGAGGCGUUGGCAUUUCUUAGGGUGAUGGAGGCGAAAGGCAUGAAUCCUGAUAUAGUUUUGUACAGUGUUCUGAUCAAUGGCAUGUGUAGGGGCCGAAGACUUGAUGAAGCUAUAAGGCUCUUCAACCAUCUCCCUUCCAAGGGCUUAAAUCCGAACGUACAAAUCUACAACAUGAUGCUCGACUCCCUCUACCAUGAAGGGCGCGAAGGGGAGGCUAGGAGGUUGAUGGAGGAGAUGGAGAGGAGUGGCUGCACGCCUGAUGGCGUGACGUUCAACAUUAUUGUGUGGAAUCUGGUGAAGAGCAAAAGGGUGCAUGAGGCGAUUCCUUUCUUAGAGGAGAUGUGCAGGAGAGGAUUCGAGGUUAAUUCCAAUAUCAUUUCUUCUUUGCUUGAUGAACUAAGAAUAGAAGAAGGUAAAGAUGAGAAAUUGCAAGAGAUUGUUGAGAAAGUUUGUGCUCAAAAUUAAGAGGGGUAUAUUACAAGGGAGCAAUCUGCAAUUCUUGGCUAAGGAGGACACAGCUGCAAACUACAAGAAAAGAAGCUCAACUAACUGCUUCUCAGCUGACAACUUUGAAGCUUGAUGCUGCGGUUCCAGCUGAUCUUCAACGGCCAAGAUUUCUUCCUGCUUGUAGUAUAUAUACUGUAUAUUUCAGUUACACAUUCAAUAAAAAUUUUGUAUGUCUGUGAGUGAGAAGAAAAAUACAGCAGAAAGAAAGAGAGAAAAGAGAGUGCAGUGCCUUAGUUGAAGAAGGUCUGCAGAUUUCUUGUAAUUGUGCAGUGUAUUUGUUGUUGUUGAUUAGUGAAGUUGAGGGCUCUGCAGUGGAUUUAGAUCAUAUUGAUCAAACCACUUAAAUC